CGCGCACACCACGCCCCCUCCUGUCGGGAACACCCUGGCUGUGGAUUUCUGCCUUCAGACGGCGCUGAGGCGCACCGACACACUCGGUGCCUGAUCCCCGGACUGGCUCUCCGCUCCGGUCGGUCGCGCUCCCCUACCGGCUUCUCACCGUUGUCCGCAGCCGCCAGGUUUCCAGAAAGUGGUCACAUCUUAUCAGCUUUCCCAAGAGGCAGAAUACUAGAGGAGGAGACACUGGAGGAGGGGCACUGGGAAAAUUAGACUAUGCCAGUGCUAAAACAACAAUAAACCAGCCAUCAGCCAAAAGCUACAGAACCAGGAGCAGUCCUCAGCAUUAUGUAGUUCUUUCUGACUCCUUUCAUACAACAUCCUUAUUGGCCAUUUUAACUGCCUGAAUCUUACUAAGGGAUCAAUGGAGCAGGGACAGGAGGAUCUGAAUCUCUCCUUUCUGCUGGAGCAUGAAAGAGAAAUGAUCUUGAAGGUGCUGCAGAAAGAUGAGAAGUUGAGGAAACGAGAGGAGAAGAGGAUACGGAGACUGAAGAAUGAGCUGCUGGAGAUCAAACGAAAAGGUUCCCGUCGGCCGCAGGAUCUGCUGGAGCGACAGUGUGCUCGCUGCCUGAGGUCUUUGGGCCUGAUCUUCAACCGUGGAGUGCUCUGCGAGGACUGUAAGCUGCGUGCCUGCAAUGACUGUCGCGUUAAAUUACCCCAUGGACGCCAGUGGAAGUGUAACGUUUGUGCCAAGAUCUCGGAGCUGAGGGUGGUGACGGGAGAGUGGUUCCUGGAGGAGCGGUCCAAACGCUUUGAAAUGGCGGUGCUGAGCAGUGACAUGAUCAAAGAGACAAUCCUGACCACCCCAGGCCUCCCAGAAAAAGAGAACCUGUCAGUCCCUUCUGAGUCAGAGGAUCCUGACACCCCAAAAUCAAACAGAAGUGCAGUGAGCAGGGCUAUGGAAUUUGGCAGGAAGAAAGGGAUGAAGGGGAAUAAAAAAGGUGACCGAGCCCUAUUGAAGCUAGAGAACGGAGUCGACAACAUGAGCGCUUCAGACGGAGAACCUCACAGUGCUGCUCAGAGUCCACGUUCAAACAGGGUUGGUGCUGUGGCCUUGGAGUCCUCAGGGAUGCCCACAGUACCCAACAACCUGCGUCCCCCAAAGCAAGAUGGAGUGCCCACUUCCAGUGACAGCAGGAGGGUCAGGCCUGACGGAGCGGAGAGUGUUGACAAUUUAGUCCCCAGAGACAUUGCACCCAAGAAGAAGGCCACUGGCCAUCACAGGAGGACCUCUGAAACUCCACUUAUUUCUGUGUCCAAGGCCUCUGUCUCAUCAGAUCACAGUCGCUCGGAGAUGGACCUGUCGGCUCCAGAUUCAGAGCCCAGCGAUGACGCCCUCAGUCUCCGAAGUCGUUCGGUCCCCGGCCUCAACAAAAUAGGGUUUUCGGAUGAUGACGCAGAGGAAGACAUUGAUGCCCUGAUAUUAGCCCACAGAAAGCCUGUCAGCCGACGCCUCAGCAGCGCUCUGUCAAUGUCUUCCACUCCUGGCUCAGAGAGAAGGUGGGGGCACCUCAGUGUCCCCGACUCAGAUGCUGAGACUACCAGUAUAAACAGCAUGAUGAGCAUCUACAGUGAGACUGGUGACUAUGAUAAUGCCAGGGUGAGCGGUGAGCUCCUGCUGUACAAAACCGGUGCUCUCAAUGUCCUGGUGAAGGAGUGUCACAACCUGGCGGUGGGAGACGAGAAGAAGCAGCGCACAGACCCUUAUGUGAAGACUUACCUGCUGCCGGAUAUGUCACGACAGAGCAAGAGGAAGACGAGCAUCAAGCCCAACACCACCAGCCCUGUUUUCAAUGAGAGACUGAGGUAUGUGAUCAGCCACUCGCAGCUGGAGACACGAACCCUGCAGGUCUCUGUGUGGCACUACGACCGGUUCGGACAAAACAGCUUCCUUGGACAAGUGGAGCUGACCUUUGACUCCUGGGAGUUUGAUUCUGAAAUAGAGGAGUGGUAUGCUCUGCAGCCCAAGGCAGAGAGCAGUACAAAUGCCACCAUGCAGUACAAAGGGGAACUGACAGUCGUGUUGAAGUACAUACCUCCUGAGAAGAGCCAAAUCCCGCCAGCGGACCAAGUACAAGUGAAGAAAGGGUUCCUGAAAGGCAAGAGGAGCAGCUUCACUCUGCCUCAAGGGGGUAUGGUUGAGCUGCUUGUCAAAGGAGCCAAAAAUCUGACUGCCAUCAAGGCUGGGGGCGCUUCAGAUCCUUUUGUAAAAGGGUACCUGCUCCCUGACAGCAACAAGUCAACCAAGCACAAGACAGCAGUGGAGCGACACACCGUGAACCCAGUGUGGAACCACACCUUCACCUACUGUGGCCUGCAGCCAGGAGACCUCAACAAUGUCUGCCUGGAGCUCACUGUGUGGGAUAAAGAGACUCUGGCCAGCAACGUCUUCCUGGGAGGAGUCAGGCUGGGAGCCGGCACAGGCAAAAGCUACGGGAAUGAUGUAGACUGGAUGGACUCCCACGGGGAGGAACAGAGAGUGUGGCAACGCAUGAUAGAAAACCCAGAAGUCCCUCAGGAGUGCACUUUGAUGCUGCGAUCCACCAUGCGCAAACACAGCACAUGAGCCAGACUGAAAUGCAGACAGAGAAGAUAAAAGAGAAUAACAGAGGGAGAGAGGAAAGAGAAAGAAGUGGUGUGAUGAUAGAGAUGGAGAAGCAGAACAGUGGAGAGACCGGUCUUCUCCCUAUUUCUCUCUCCGUGAGAUAUUCUGUUCUGAUCCCUCCUCCUUUCCAGAACAGCCAGCCAUGCCUUACACACUCAUCCACAUGUGCCCCUCCCCCCUCCAAAGCAUCUAGUCGUGACUAAGCACUGCUGUUUAAUGCUGUAGAUAUAUGAAAAACAUGUUACAUGUAACUUACUAAAUACAGAAUAAGCACACGGUGUGACUCCUGAUGUGUCUGUCUUCGUCUCUGUGAUUCAUGCACCAGAGUCAUUUCUGCACAUACAGUAGUUACAGCUGACAGAGGUUCGUAAGGCAGUAGCACUGACCAACAUUCCCUGUAUGAUCGAUAAUGUAGAGACUCAGACAUUCAUUUUAUGAGCAACUAAACUACAUCAUGGUCUGAGGCAGAUGACACUGCUGAGCUUCACCAUAAACAUUUGUGCACUUCUCUCUUUUCACUGUACCCAGACAGGUUUACUCUUCCUGAACAGAAUAGACCUCUUGUCAAUGUUAGAUGCCUGUCGUUCACAUUAUGGUAUCUCUUUGUUCAAAAAAUUAAUAAAAAUAUUUCUGAGAUAAAAACAUUUGUGCACAGAGGUGGAAUGUGACUUGUAUUACUACUGUACUGUCCCACUUGAUUUAAUUACUAAUGAAGCAGAAUGACGAUCACCUCACAGCAAAAACUACGGUAGUAGCACAUCAGCAGCCAGUCUGUGAAUCUCACCCAAGUGAUGAUCAGCAUUUGUUUUUAAGUUUUGUCUUAGAGGACAAAUAUGAUGGAAGCAAAACACAGUGUCCUCCUAGAAACUACUGUUACUGCCUUUGAAAAGGGACUGAACAUGACAAAACUUUCCUGGGGGUGAAGGUAGAAAUACAUAUUUUAGAAUACAUGCAACAAACUAAAUCUGCAACAAACUUGAUUCAUCAUUUAAGCAUUUUUGAAAUUAUUGAUUUAUGAAACGUCCUUGUAGAUUAUUUUAACAAUUUUGAUUGUGAUUAACUCUUUAGCCUACAAAACAAAUUUCAAAAAAUCUAAAAUGUGUCUUUCAAAUUCUCCUCAGGCAAUCUGUUCCGAUUGCUUAUGUUGUCUAAAACUCAAAGAUAAAUUAAAAUUUAUAUUGAAACAGUAAGUAAGCAGUAAUAAGAGCACUUAUCUUCCACCGCUUAUCAGAAAAGAAUCUGUGGCACAAAGUCCAGACACAUUACUCAAUUGAGACUAGCAUCAAUGUAAAUUUACAUAAAACAGUGUCAGUGAGAUAAUAGGAAUUGCAUGGUAGCCUACUAUAUGACUUUAAGUCUCAGGAAUCCUGAGAUUGGGGCUGUGUGUUACAGAGUGAGUCAGCUGCCUUCAUCUCAGGAGGAGCCUGAGUCUGAGUCAGUGACAGUCACCUUGUCCUUGUCACCCAGGGCUCAGCCAUCCUUCAUCCUGUGAUGAAUCACAAAAAACAAUUCUCCAGCUAAACCCCGUAGAAUCAUUUUUCAUGUGGAAUGCCAAUUUUGUUGACUUGUCCUUGACAAACCCUCUGCUCUGAACUCCCAGAGCAAAACAGUUUCACAUUCAGUAAUAAUACGUGGUGUUCACUGUACAACAUAUUCUAGAUGAGAGGCUCAUGCAAUACUUGAUUACUAAAGAAACUCUUGAUGUACAGCAUGUACUGUCAUGUGUCUGGUUUCCAAGUAUCAAAUUCACUUUAUCCAAGCAUAUUUUGUUCCAAAUGUGUCACAGGAAUAUUUUGAAAUAAACCCAUCUUUCAAUAGACUGUUUUUGUUUUUGAGAUUAUUUCCAAUGUGAAAUCACUAUUAAAUGCUGUCUUUAUUAUGUGUGCAGCACAAAAACUUGUUUAAUCUGACUGCCCAUUUUGACAC